CGGUGCCGCGCACCGAUGGGGGCAGGCCCGGCACUUUCCCCGGCUCCUCCCCGGCCCGCACGUGAUUUCCUGGCUCCGUGUUUACUUCCCGGGUCAAAGCCCCUGCACGGCCCCAGCGCAGCCUGUGGAGGGAGCCGCGGGGUUUAUCCGGAGCCCCGGACCGAGAGCGAGUGUCUGAGCAACAUCCGCGAGUUCCUGCGCGGCUGCGGCGCCACGCUGCGCCUGGAGACUUUUGAGGCAAAUGAUCUAUAUCAGGGACAGAACUUCAACAAGGUGCUCAGCUCCCUUGUUGCUCUAAAUAAAGUAACUGCAGACAUUGGGCUAGGAAGUGAUUCCGUAUGUGCACGACCCUCAUCUCAUCGGAUAAAAUCAUUUGAUUCCCUUGGAUCCCAGUCUUUGCACAGUAGAACUUCAAAACUCUUUCAGGGACAGUAUCGAAGUUUGGACAUGACAGAUAACAGCAAUCAUCAGCUGGUGGUGAGAGCAAAAUUUAGUUUUCAACAGACCAAUGAAGAUGAACUUUCAUUUGCAAAAGGAGAUAUUAUUCAUGUUACCAGAGUGGAAGAAGGAGGCUGGUGGGAAGGAACUCACAAUGGCAAAACAGGAUGGUUUCCUAGUAACUAUGUACGAGAAAUAAAAUCAAAUGAAAAACCAGUGUCCCCCAAAUCAGGAACCCUGAAGAGUCCUCCCAAAGGUUUUGAUACGUCUGCAAUAAGCAAAAGCUAUUAUAAUGUGGUGAGUGAUCCCCAUUUUGAAUUACAUAUAAUAGGAGAUUGCUCUCUUUAUAAUUGAUAUAAAAGUGCCAAAACUUAGCCCAAACUAGAAAGCCAAGGGUUGUGGUGAAUGUCAUAUUACCAAGGCCUACGAUAUUUUUACAAAAUACACUUGUUUACAUAUAUGUGUAUGCUGUAAGGUGUGGUGAUAAGUAAAUUGAACAAGACUGUGUCAGAGUAAGCAAACCAAAGUUUGUCUGUAAUGCAUGUUAUACCUUUUUGCUCACUUGUUUAUUUUCAAAAAUCAGCUAUUUACAAUCUCUUCCAUUCCUUUUAAAUUAACAAGGUUAUACUUUAUUUGUCCGCUGUAUUAAAACAAAGAGACUAAACUAUUAUGCAAAGAAGUUUCUUGUCUUCCCUGUCUCCUUUACUGUGCUCUUAAUGAACCUACAUAACUGAAUAAUCAGCUGCUGGGACUCUCCUUUUACACAGUUGAUGUGAACUUUCAGAGAAAAAAAUCAGUAGACAGAGUUGGUUAGGGUUGGCAGAUGGUUGAAACAAAAAUACCGAACACCCCCUUCCCCCGAAAAAAAACCACAGGG